CUAGAUCAAGCAUUAAAGCUAUUUAAACUGGCAGUGUAUAAAGGCUGACAGACCGCACAAGUAUUUAAUCACAACACUAGGGAGAAUGUCGAAAUAACAGGGAGGCCAUCUUGGGUUUUAAGUAAACUGUUCGUGUCACUCCGACACUAGAAAUGCUGCACCCCAGGCGUAGUGCCCAGCACGUUCUACUAUGUGACCUCUGUGAAACUGUCCCCCUACAGAGCCAUUGUGAACUUUGUAAUGUAAAUCUCUGUGUUAACUGUGUAGGAAAACAUCUCUUAGAUUCUUCUACAGGACACAAUGUUGUGUCCCAUUUACAAAGAAGGUCUACUCCUAACUACUCAAAAUGUCCGAAACACGCCAAUGAACACUCUAAACUUUACUGUGAAAAAUGUAACAUUCCUGUCUGUAUUACCCGCGUCUCCUCAGGAAAACACAAACAUCACAAGAUUUCAGAUAUUCAUGAAAACCUCAGCGCUCAAACUCAACUUCUGCAAAAUGAUUUGAAAGAAUUAGAGAACAUAAUUUGUCCCCGAUAUGAAGAAAUGGCGUAUAAUGUCCAGACUGAGAAAGCCGAGGUAGAAACGAAUUACGGGGAACUGAUAACAGCUGCCGACCAACAAGGAGAAAACUUGCACCGAGAAAUCACCGCCAUUGUCAAUCAACGAAAAGCUGAUAUUGGGGAGAUGAAAAAUAAACACCUUUCUACCCUGAAUAAAAAUACAAAAGAAAUCGCACAGAAUAUUACUGAACUCGAACAGAUCAUCUCCGACCUCAAAUCAAUACUAAAAGCAAAUGACAUAUCCUUAACCUCUACUUACAAAUCUAGGAAUUCCGAGUUCAGAACAUUACCGCCUAAAGUCAGAGUUACAUUACCAAGUUUUUCUACUCAGAAAAUAAACAAAGAUAAGCUCAAUAAAAUGUUUGGAUCUUUGCAAUCAUUAUCCAUUAAUACAGAAUAUAGCGACACAAUGAAGUCACCAGAAGCUGUAUCAUCUGCUCCAAUCAAAUCACUGCUUGAUGAACCGCAACUCAUUGCCACUUUUAACACUGGGUAUAAAUAUUUACACAGUGUUAGCUGUUUCGGUGAAGAAGUCUGGACACGUGGGAAUAGCAAAAUAAUGAAGCUACUCAACCUCCAGGGUAAUCAACUGACAUCAAUACAAACCGAGUCGGGGAAUAUACCAGAGGACAUAGCAGUGACACGGGACGGAGAUCUUGUUUACACUGACCGUCUUAAGAAAACUGUAAACCUAGUGAAGAAUGAACAUAUACACAACGUGAUCACACUACAGGGGUGGUGUCCUCUCUGUGUUUGCAGUACCUCUGAUGAUGAUCUCCUGGUUUCCAUGAUCAGCGAUGAUAAAACACAAACUAAAGUUGCUCGAUAUUCUGACUCCACAGAGACACAAACCAUUCAGUUUGACGAUCAGGGUCAUCCUCUCUAUUCAUCUGGUGUUUAUAUCCAUAAAUACGUCAGUGAGAAUAGGAACCAUGAUAUAUGUGUGGCUGACCGUGAAGCAAGAGCAGUAGUGGUGGUCAAUCGGUCAGGAAAACUCCGAUUUAAAUACACUGGUCAUCCCUCAAAUACUAAGACAUCCUUCAAUCCAUUCAGUCUAUUAAAAUCCGCUGGUAAAUCCUCUAAUACCAAAAAACCAUUUGAUCCAAUCGGCAUUACUACAGACAGCCAUAGUCAUAUCCUGACUGUAGACAGUAAUAAUAACCGUGUACACAUCCUAGAUCUGGACGGACAGUUCCUCCGUUACAUUAAGAACUGUCAGUUGGACGCCCCAGUAGGUCUGUGUGUGGACAUCAGAGACAACCUUUUUGUGGCUGAGUGGGACGCUGCUAAAGUGAAGAAAAUCCAAUAUUAUAAACAGGGUUGAUUGCACAUCCCCAGACAGUGUUAAUUACACAUCUAAACACAGUGCUAAUCAUCAUAUCUAAACGAUGUUAUUUACAAAUUUGUAUUGAUUACAACUGCUUGUUAAUUACAGUCCUGCGUUAAUCACAGUUUUAUGUCCACCUGUGUUCAUUACAGCUCUGUCUUUUUAGACCCCUGUGUUUGUGAUGUGCAGUUAACACGUACCUGUUUUUGUGUGUUUAUCUCGCUGUGCAUUAGUCGCUCACUGCUGUUUAGUAUCUAUAUCUUACUUAAGGAAACAUCAUUAAUGUAAUUAUACUAAUUACUAGUUUGAUUGUGUUGCUAGUUAUUCAUUUUGGACACAUGUGAAUCAUGAAUUGUAAAUAAAGGUAAAACAGUUAUUGUGAUGUACUAAGAAAUGUCACUUUGUCAGUAUUUUGUGCGUAGCCUUGUGUAAACAUGUACGAAAAUGAACUACUUAUUGGGCAUUAUUUUGUUUAUUAAUCAUAUAUUUCAAUAUGUGUUUUAUUUUUCAAUGUAUAUAAUUAUUAGAUAAACAUAAUAUAGAU